AUGGCCUUUAUCACCGACAAGACCCUCCCGGUCAAAGCUAAGGAGCAGUGCGACGCGUUCUUGGCCAAACUAAGCCAAGAUGAGCCAAAGAAAAAGACUGGCCUGGAGCAGCUCACAACAGGCUCGGCAUUGCCUGAACCAGACGACUAUCCUCGCCAUGUCAGCAAGAAUCUCUUCGAGACCCUUCAACAGCACGCAUUUUGUCACCACGUCGAAAUGGCGCAGCAAAAGUCUUGGCUGAGCAAAUCCAAGAUGGCAAAGCCUCAUCAUCAUAACUUGGCUCAUCCGAUCAGACUACACCUUGAUGCAAAACCACAUAUACAGAGCAAGCAUGCACAGUUCGAGGUUGUGAUUUCUUCAGAUAAUAUGGCUUACUGGCAGCAUUUAUGGCUUGGUAUUCCUAUGCAAACCAAAGGUCGCCGAGGUGGUGUCAAAUUCGCAAAUGUCUCUAGUGACGAAGAGGAAGACGGCAAGAUCUCUGGCCUGAAACGCAUCAAUUCAGACUACUUCUGCCAAGUUUUAAAACACCAGCUAUUUGCCAAAAUCAAUCUCAACUUUGUCAAAGGUAUUGGACUCGUAUCACUACCACCACCUGCUCCUCUUGAGAGAUUCCUAUGCCCAGGCCAAGGACUUCCUCUUUCUCUGGUCAUCCAAAGCUAUAAGCUCACUGACAAAGACAAGAUCUUACUCGCUCAUGCUAUUGCACAUUCAUUCUGGCAGUUCUACGAAUCAGACUUGAUGAGGAAUUGCUGGACAAGCGAUGACAUCUGGUUUAUGCACGAAAUGGAUCAUCAGCAUUUGCCUAAAGAUCAACUUGCACUGCGGGUCUAUAUGCCACUUGAUUUCGAACAUCAACAGAGAAACUCAGAAGACGAAGACAAGUCAAUGUUGACGCACCCGUUCCCGCAUAUCCUUGGUCUGGGACUUAUACUCUUACAAGUUGGGCUCUCGAGACUCUUCAAGUCAAUGACGCAUUUACCGUUCAUUUCUCGACUGAACAGAGACCAUGGUGCAGCCAGACAAUUACUGGGAGAGUUAGAAAAGGCUAAUUGGGCGCGAUCGACACACCGGGAUAUCUUUGCAAGAGCUGUUGCGAAUUGCCUAGAUCCCAGAACAUUCACCGUUUCUACCCCGAAAGCCAAGACAACCAAGAGUCCCAUAAAGGAUGCCCUUGUUAUUGGCGCGGACGAAGAUGGGAUAAGGCGUAAAGUCUAUACCAAAAUCGUCGAACCGCUAUCGAAGCUCGUCAACAUCGCUUUUAAAACCGAUGCAAAAUACGUAUCCUACUUGGCGAAAUGCAAAGAGGUCGCAACUCACAACAAACUUCACUCUCAAGUCGCCUCGUUCCAUACAGGCAAAACGAUCGUUCCUGAAGAAUGGCUGGACAACUUGAAACACAUCAGCAUGCACAUCAUGGAUCUGCGAGACGAAAAGCCGGACCAUGAGUUCCACCCUGUCAAGAUAGCGGUACUAGAUACAGGAUGCGAUGCAGAGUUGCCAUUUUACAAGAUAUCAAGGAGGAAGAAGUCUAUCAAAGCGUGGAAAGACUUUACAAUUGAUGAGGGCGACGGUACAGGUAAAUCAGACUGUAUGGAAGACCUCUAUGGUCAUGGAAGCCUGAUGAUCCGCUUGAUCAUGGAAGCUGCUCCGCUAGCUCAUAUUUAUGUGGCUCGAGUUGCGAAAAACACUGACGAGCUCGAGUAUAGCAGUGAUCAAAUUGCUCAUGCAAUCCGAUGGGCUGGACUAGAAGUGGAUGCAGAUAUCAUCUCCAUGUCCUUUGGCUUUCCCCACGACGAUGACACCAUCUCUGCCGCUAUAGAAGACGUUGAGCGAAGUCGAAAUAUCAUAUUCUUAGCGAGUGCGGGGUACCUUCAAUGCAAGCAACCCACCAAUAACUGA